CAGAAUGAUUGUCAGUCGUCAACGUCAACGUGUCAAGUGGUCUUGAUCACUCGAGCCGGAAUGUAGAAUACCGAUAAUAAUUGAAGAAAUAAUUUAUUGUAAAUGAAAGUUUUUAAUAAUUAUUGCACCGAGAAUUCUGUUGUAUAUUCAAAAGUGAGUCGAAAAAGAUUAUAAAGCAAUAUAGUCUCUCAAAUUACGUUUUAAAAUAGUGACGUCAUUUAAAGUUUGUUAUGACCGAAGAAAGUUUUGUUUGCAAUAAAUCAGAGGUGAAAGUUUGUUUAAAAUGUUGCGUGCCAAAUCGUGAAGAAAUGUCCCCGACGCUCGACCAAUCGACCAUAAUUAUUAAUGUGAUUUAAAUAGCUUUCGAUCGAAUUCCACAAAGUUUUAGGAAGGGUUACCUUCGUAUCUCGUCUCGGAAGGCACGAGCAGGAGUUGUAUUUCUGUGCUUAAGUUAAGCUCGUUGAAAAUGGCUUUAAAAGUGGAACCGAAGAACGACCUGGAUUUUAUACUGAGGAAUUUAUUGGCUGGUGGAGUGGCAGGAAUGUGUGCAAAAACAACUGUUGCACCAUUGGAUCGCAUCAAAAUCCUCCUCCAAGCACAGUCCUCGCACUACAAGCACCAUGGUGUGUUUGGAGGUCUCAUGGCUAUAGUCAAGCAAGAGUCCCUCAUAGCACUGUACAAAGGCAAUGGCGCUCAGAUGGUCAGGAUAUUCCCCUACGCUGCGACACAGUUUACCAGCUUUGAGAUUUACAAAAGGUACCUGAGUGGGUUAAGUAUACCCCUAGUGCAGCACGGCGAUAAGUUCUUGGCGGGAGCUGGCGCGGGCCUCACCGCGGUCACUCUGACCUAUCCGCUCGACACCAUCCGCGCGAGGCUGGCCUUCCAGGUGACGGGCGAGCAUCGAUAUACCGGCAUCGCGCACGCUGCUACCACGAUAUUCAAGACUGAAGGCGGUAUCCGGGCGCUGUAUCGCGGCUUCGUGCCGACGAUGGUGGGCAUGGUGCCGUACGCGGGCUUCAGCUUCUACUGCUUCGAGUCGCUCAAGUUCCUGUGCAUGAAGUACCUCCCCACUGCGCUGUGCCGGAAGUGCGAGAGGAAUACUGGUGGUCUCGUACUGACAGUGCCGGGCAAGCUGGUCUGCGGCGGCCUGGCGGGCGCGGUCGCGCAGUCCGUGUCGUACCCUCUAGACGUGACGCGGCGCCGCAUGCAGCUCGCCUGUAUGAAUCCGGAAACUGCCAAGUUCGGAAGCACGGGCAUGGUGAAAACGCUCACCCUCAUAUACCGCGAGAACGGCAUAGUGAAGGGCCUGUACCGAGGCAUGACCGUCAACUACAUCCGCGCCAUUCCCAUGGUGGCCACCUCCUUCUCCACGUACGAGCUGAUGAAGCAGCUGCUCAACCUCGACACAGGGAUGAAGAUAUCAUAACGGGGUGCUAACAUGAACGUUUUGUAAUAGGGUGCAAAUAUAAGUUUUGUAACGGGGUGCAAAUAUGGAAAUUUUGUGAUGGGGUGUAAAUAUGGAAGAUUUAUAAUGGGAUGCAAUUUUAGUAAUAAAUUGCAAAUAUAAAAUAUUUAUUAUUAUACGGCGCAAAUGAAUUCUUAUAAACAAGUCUAUAAGGCACAAAAACACAAUCACAAACUGCAAUGACUCAGCAUAGUUAAGGGCCUUAAACCCAGGCAAAAUAUUGAACUACUAUUUAUUAAUUAAGUGGCAAAAAGUAUCUAUAUGUCACAAAAAAAAUUAUAAUCUUUUAAAUACUUAUUAAAAAUUAAAUUUAUUAAAGGGGCGCAAAUAAAAGCUUACAAACACGGAAAUUUAAUAAUGGAGCGUAAAUAUGGAAGUUAUUGUAAUAUCGUGCAAAUAUGGAUAUUUUGUAAUGGAGUGCAAAGAAUGUGCAAAUAUGAAAUUAUAUAAUGGGAAACAUCGUCAAUGGGGUGCAAAUAAGGCGUUUCGUAAAAUCAGUAUUUUUUUUGUAAUUAGUAAAGAUUUUAAAGUAUAAGUAUUUGAUGUAUUCUAAAUUUGACCCAUGUCAUAAAUGCAUAGUAACAGAUUCACAUUAUUCAAGCCCAGCACUAAAUUGCUAUUUGCUAGAACUAUGUGAACAGAAUUUAAAUUCUAGUACUUUUUUUGGAAUCCAGAGACGGCUCCAGUCCUUUCAUACUGCUUUAUUUUACGUUUAAUGAUAUUUUUGUAUUAAAAAUAACAAAAUGCACCUUUUCAGUAUUAUGAAUUUAUGACUAUCCUAAAGGAUGACAUUCUGCUCAAUGUCUUGUAUGUUAUGUAUAUUUUGCAAUACUGUAGGUAUUCUAGUUAUUUACGUAUUUUUGAAAAAUUAUCGGCCAGUAAUUGAGACAUACUGUCUCAUGCUUCAUAUGUAUUUUGAUGUUUCUAGUCUAAAUUAGACUAGUACCUAGUGCAUUCCAUUUUCUUUUGACAUCACAAACUAUAUGUACUUAGGUAAAAGCAAGCACAAGGUCUAUGUUUAAUCAAGGGUUCGUUUAUUCUCUAGUGAAAUUAUUUUCGUCAAAGAAAAACACCCAGGUAUUUAAAAGUUAAAAUUAUUUUUAAGGGUUUCCACUGGAAUUUUGUAUUUGGUAAAAGUGUAUUUAAAUGAGUAUACUUUAGUUUUGCUUAGAUUUGCUAUAGAGGUAAAUAAAUUGCAUAAACCUUUAUUGAAACGCGUAAAAAAUACCUUGAAACGCAUUGCGAAUUGCCAGGAAAGCCUUAUUUAUAAUCGAGCUUCAUUUGGGUGAAAUUACAAUGCACGGUCAAAGCUUUGACUAAAAUACAAUGACUGGAAUAAAAAUCAUGCCGUCCUUACUUUAUACAAAACGAAUUAUUGUGCCACAGGUGAAUUUUAAAAUUGGGUUGCAAUGGUUUUUAUUCACUCAAAAGAAGCUCGCGUUCAUUCAUAUAUGUAUAUUUUUUUUGUAUUUUUUAUGAGUUUAUUUUUUAUCUAUAACUUACAUAUAUAGUUAUUAUAAUACUUAACGAAACGUGUGGCUUCCGAUCUCGUUGGUGGGAAAGUCUUUGUAUCUAAAUUCAACACGUUUUCUACUUAAAAACCUCAGUUCGGAAAUGCAACUCAGUAGGCUUUCACAGUAUCGCCCAAAUUCUAUGUCUCAAGGCACAUCGCGGCAGAGUCAACGCGAAGCGACGCUAAUCUUUUCUAUUUCUAUUCUAAAAUGUUACAAAGUAAAUUGAAUUUUAUCUACAUUGCGUAAUGGACUUUGUGUGAAGCAAAAUUUUGAAUUAUUUUGAUGAAUUUAUUCCUCACUAGCAUGUAAAGUAGACAUAAAGUUCAGUUGAAUUUGCAAACAUUUAAAGCACACGCGUCGCGUUGCUUCAACUCUCGCGCAAUAUGCCUUGAGCCUAAACAAUUAACUAAAUGGAAUUAUUUUUCGACUGUAACUAUUUUUUCAUUAAUAAAAACUAAAAAUACGUCUAAUUUUAAUGACGACAAUGAAUGUAAUGUAGAAUAUCUUGUUUGCAGUUAGCCACAAAAAACUACGUUUGGUAGGGUACAGUUGACUAAAGGUAAUCGCACACAGCCGCACGCUAUGCACCUAAAUGAAAAUGACGCCAGCUGCAAGUGUCGGACGCGCCGAACCAAUGUGGAAAUACCUACAGAGAUUAAUCUGUGUGACUUGAUAGAGUGCAUACAUUCAACAUACAAAACUCACACUUCGACGAUUAACUAAACAAAUGGGCUAAAAUGAUAAAUGAUUAUUCUUCUUAUCUUGCUCUAUGGAUUUUAAUAGGGAAAAAUAUUUUUUUCAUUGCAUAAAAAAUUCUUUUCGUAUGAGAUGAUACACUUUUUUCGUAUUAAAAAUAUAUAUUAUUUGAAUUAUCUAUUUUUCAUAUUAAAUAAAAUAUAUUAUUUUAAUUAUUUCACGUAAGUUUUGACGCAUAGACCUCAAAUUGAUACUAUAAUUUAUGAUAAGUACUUAUUAAAAAAAAUAUAACAAAAAUUUCCAUGAUGAAAAUAAUUAAACGAACACGAAUUUAGCUUUCUCAGCCUAAAUACAAUAAUAUGAUGGAUUGCAACUUCAUAGAUAGCACAAUAAUUAAUGUAUUGAAUGAAAAAAUUGUGCUGUGCAAGAGCAGUGGGGCUGUGGCGCAGGUUGAUCAGUGCCAAUAACUAAAGUGAAAAUUUUAAUUAAAAAAAAAACUAAUAAUGCUCCACGCUUGGGACACUUUAUUCCAUGUUUCAGGUACCUACUGUGGCACAAGAGCAGGAGAAUUUUGAAUAUCAAAUAAAUUUCGAAAUGUAAAAAUAUCUACCUAACGUUUUAUGGCAGAAUGGUUGCUAUGUUCAUUCUGAACGCUUAAAAAACCUUCUAUAUGUGACUAUAUCGACUUUGUUUGACGACUCAGUUUUAUCGAAACUUGCAAACAAGUACGCAAAUAUUCGCCAUUUUGCAGCACUGAACUAAAAUAUCAAGCUAUCCCCUGCAGCAGAGAACGGUUCGAAAAGGAUAGCAUUAGAUUUUAGUCAAAUUUAUUAUUAACUAGUAUUACGUUUCCAUGAGUAGCUUUUGAUUUGUAGUUUAAGCUGAUCGCUCGUUCAAGGUGAGAUGGAAACCAAAGAGAAUAAAUUAUUCGCCAUUCUGUCAUAAAACUAAAUGCUAUUGUUCUACACACAAACUACACGACGAAUCCACGCCAAUAAACUAAUCUACAAUGAUAGCGCUAAUAAUGCCCUCUCACUCGCACACUACAUGUGUAGUUAUAACGUGCGAGUGAAAGGGCAUGAAGAGAGAUUGCAUAAAGAUGUGUAUGGUUUAUUAGCGCGAGUUGUACGUAGAUCCGUCAUUUUGUACAUUGUGCUACUUUCGCUCCUGUCUAAGAACGUAAAAUAUGAUAAAAUCUUUUUUUAAAUGAAAUAACAGGUAAGGGACACUGCGCAGUUUUAUUUUUACGAGAUAGAAAAUGCUGUCAUUUUUAAAUGAAUUUUUACUUUAACUUAGCUACGGAUUUAAAAUCUAAAGGCUAAAUUCCGGUUUCUUAAAGUUAUCGAAUUUCAUGUGAUAUUCAGAAACUGAGGUAAGACUAAUGAUAGACUUGUAUUUGACUAAAAUCUCAUCUGCAAGUGUAGAUAGA